CAUUGGAAAUAUCUGAGGUUGUCCACAGAAAAAGGGAAAGAAAGAAAGGAGUUAACUAGUAGCGUCUUCUGGAACUGAAUAAUAGACGUGGCCUAAAAUCUAUGAAAAAUAUCCCGUUUUCUUCUUCUUCUUUCUUUUCUCUCUCAAAUUGAAAUCGGAAUUUUUGGGAUGAAUUGAGGGGGAAUGAUUUGGUGAUCCUUUGAAGAAAGAAGGAUGUUGGAGGAUCAGGUGGCUUACCUCUUGCAAAGGUACCUUGGCAACUACGUCAGGGGACUCAACAAGGAAGCGCUCAAGAUCAGUGUUUGGCAAGGAGAUGUGGAGCUAACUAAUAUGCAGUUGAAACCAGAGGCACUUAAUGCAUUGAAAUUGCCUGUGAAGAAUAAGGCUGGAUUUCUUGGCUCUGUGAAACUUAAGGUACCUUGGAGUAGGCUUGGUCAGGACCCAGUUGUAGUUCAUCUGGAUCGUAUUUUUUUGUUAGUUGAACCUGCAACGCAUGUUCAAGGGUCCACUGAAGAUGCCAUUCAAGAAGCUAAGAAAAGCCGAGUGCGGGAAAUGGAAAUGAAGCUGGUAGAGAAGGCUCAACAAUUAAAGUCUGAAGUGAAUCAAUCAUGGUUGGGUUCCCUUCUCAACACUAUAGUUGGAAAUUUGAAACUCUCAAUUUCAAAUAUUUAUAUCAGAUACGAGAACAGUGAAAGCAAUCCUGGUCACCCAUUUGCAGCAGGUGUGACCUUGGAAAAACUCUUAGCUAUGACAGUUGAUGACAAUCGGAAUGAGACUUUUAUUACUGGUGGUUCACUAGAUCGUAUACAAAAGUUUGUUGAACUUGACCGACUUGCACUUUAUCUGGAUUCUGAUAUAAUCCCAUGGCAUAUUGACAAGCCAUGGGAGGAUUUGCUUCCUUCUGAGUUUUUGAAUAUGGCACUGAAGAAGGCAAACCUCCUGAUAGAAUUGUCAAACUGCACAUUUAUAUUCUGGAACCAAUUACAGGAAAUGCAAAGUAUACAAAGUUAA